AUGAAGGCUUCAGCACUUGGCGCGGCAACGGCCGCUGCCGUCUUCAGCACUGUCGUCAGCGGUGAACAGGGGUUCAAUCCCUUGGAACAUGUUGGGGGAAACGGACAGUGGUUCGCCGGACCCAACGUCUUCGGCAUCGAUCCGUCACCUCCUGAGGGUUGCACCGUUGAUCAAGCCGCUUUCAUAUCCCGUCAUGGCAGCCGUUAUCCCGAUGCGGGAGCGUAUGCCGAGUGGACUGCUCUGGAGGCGAAGAUCAAAAACGCCACCUUCACCACCAACGCCACCUCGCUCCAAUUCCUCCACACCUGGACGCCCAUCCUCUCCUCCCCCUCGACGCAAAUCGGCCAGCUCUCCCCCACCGGCCACGACGAGCUCCUCGCCAUGGGCUCCCGCUACCGCUCCUACUACCCCUCCUCCUUCCUGCCCCCCAGCGCCCCCUUCACCCUCUGGGCCAACGCGUACGCCUCCUCCCCCCGCGUCCUCAACUCGGCCCAGCUCUUCGCCCGCGGCUACCUCGGCCCGAACGCGACCACCACCCUCUCCGACAGCCGCAUCCUCGUCGUCAACGGCACCGACCCCCGCUCCCUCGCCAACAGCCUCGCCACGUCGAACCUCUGCCCCGCCUACGCCGACAACGGCGGCGGCGCCCAAAAAGCCGCGUGGGACGCCGCCUGGCUCGGCCCCGCCACCGCGCGCAUCAACGCCCUCCUCAACCCAGGCGGCGACGGCGACGGCGACCAGCUCGUCUUCACCCCCUCCGACGUCGGCAUCUUCGCCUACCUCUGCGGGUUCGAGUCGCAGAUCGCGGGGGGACAGACGCGCCGCUCCCCGUGGUGCGACACGCUGACGCGCGACGAGUUCCUGCAGUACGAAUACGCGCAGGACCUGCGGUACUGGUACGGGGUGGGGCCGGGGAGCGCGGUGGCGCGCGCGGCCAUGGUGCCGGUGGUGCAGGGGAUCGUGGGGAGGUUCGCGGACGGGCCGGGCACGGCGUAUGUGGGGAGCGACGGCGAGAGUUGGACCCCGCCGCCGCUGAUGGCGGCGUUUACGAAUGAUGGGCAGGUGAGUCAGGUGGCGGCGGCGGUGGGGGUGUUUGACGGGUUGGACGACCUGCCGUCGGGUGGGGUGGUGGCGGAUAGGGUUUUUCGCGCGAGUCGGUUCGUGACGAUGAGGGGGACGGUGGGGCUGGAGAGGCUGAAUUGCGGGGGGGAGGGCGUGUUUGUGAGGGUCAAGUUGAAUGAUGCUGUGUAUCCGGUGCGGGGGUGUGAGGAUGGGCCUGGGAGGAGCUGUGGGUUGGAAAGGUAUGCGGAGAUUUUGAGCGAGAAGCUGGAGGCGGUGGGCGGGUUCAGGGAGGUGUGCAAUGUGACGGAUGGGACGGUGCCGGACGGCGAGGAGAAGACGACGUUUUGGUGGGAUCCGGCGCUGCCGUUUGAGUCGGAGGCCAGGCCUUGA